AUGUGGCCUUUUUCGUCGCUGACGACUACAAAGGCCUUGAAUCGGGUGCGCUGUCCGCACGAGUCUACUUCUGGACGGGGCUAUCUUCUUUACCUCGUCCUUCAGAAUGUCAGGAAUGACGAGGGAGUCGAUGAUCUCGUGUUCUUUUUGCUCUGCUUCUCGUCUCUUCCUUUCUAUGCUCACCAGCCAAAGUGGAAAGAAAUGAGGCAGUUCUGUUCGUCGAUGAUCGGUGACACAAUACCUUUGUUCUCCAUCCACCAAUGGUGA